GUGAAAUCUAGUCUGUCUAAGUUCCUGUGGUGUAAAAUAAUUAUUUUUACAAACAUAAUUUAUACGAGUACAUGGCUUAUAAUUCGAAGAUCUAAAAUCUACAGAACAGCGGAACCAUGAUCCUUCCUUUAUGGGCCUGGCACUUUCUGUUCUCUAUUAGUUAUACAUUGGUUGGGACCACACAGCGUUAUUAUGGCGGAUAUACGGUGUACGGAUCGGGCGACACCAUAAUUUCGGCGUUCCAUAACGAAGGCGGAACAACACUGCCACAUCGAAAAUGGAUUGUGGAGUGUAUGGACGGAGAGGCGUUGGUAGGAUUACAGGAUUUUUUCGAUGACUUCGAGGUAAAAGAAUGGCAGGACUCCUUCCCUUCUAGGACAAUACAGAAUAAUAAUAUAAUCACAAAACCUUGCUGGAUAUGUCUUAUAAUGCAGAGAUUGCAAAUGGUUUGGUGCAAAUUCAUGUUUCCCUAUAAGCCACCUUCGCAUGGCAAGUACCCUUAUUAUCCGAGUUGCGUAGUCCGAAAUUACACCGACACAUAUUUCUGUCUGAAUGCCAAAGACAUUUCGGCUUCCAUAAACACCUUUGUAACAGCGCUUUGGGAUAACGAGUUCAAUUUUUAUCAGUUCCGCGUUGGUGGAUAUAACAGUAUACAAGGCGAUGACCUACAGCCAUUUAAAUGCUGCAAAACACCACAGGGAUACUACAUCGACUACGUUUCGUGUUAUUACGUUGCCACGCAUGACCUCUAUUACGAAUUCUACGAUUCCAAUCAGUGGUUCAUGGUAUUUUGCGGAACAAGCUACGUCAUGACCGGAAUAUCCAAGAAGAAAACGCCCUUUGAGCAGGAGUACCAUCUUGACUGGAUCCAGUGUUGCCGGCUGGGUUAUGGUUUUCCCAUGGCGCUAUCCCCGCCCGUCAUCCGGCAGCCGGAUGGGCGGCAGACAUUUUAUGCCUAUUCCGCGCACGACACUUCCCCUUUGCCGGAUGCCUUUGCUGGCCAGUACGCAGUUUCUUCAGCGGCAGUUCCUCCGUUAGCUGUUGACAUGGAGUACAAUACGAGCACACCGGCUCGGAUGGCACACAAUGACCAGCACGCCUUCCGGUACAACAAUAACCGGCAGCUUCCUAUUUCAGUCAUCAGUCAACGAAUGCUGGGAAAUCCCUAUGUGCACGUCCGGACCCCGCAUGAUGCGGCCAUUCACAGUCGAUUUUAAAAGCUGAUAUUAUGCAGAAAAUUUUAAUUUAUUUCACUUGCCGGGUUUUUGUUUUUUGCUAAAUCACAGUAUCUGUUAUUGGUUUCGGCAAAAGCGACGAUAAAAGCAAGAACGGCGCAGAUUGAAAUAAGUUAUAUUAAUUCAAAUUUGCAUAUAUUUUCGGGAAAAAACUCAACUUCGGUAAAA